AUGAAGGGCACCAACUUGAAGAAAACCCGGACGCUGCCGAGGGUGAACAAGGCCAAUUACCUGUGCAACGUGGGCAGAGAUACGUGCUUCCGUGUCUGGCAUCUCGAAUGGAACAACGGGAAUGACAUUCCCCGUGAGCUCGUGCGGAACCACAAGAUGCGGGACCGUGCGCCAAUCAAGCCUGGUAAGAAGCGCCGACGCCGCCAGCGGCUGUCAGGAGACCAGCCGAGUGUUGGAAGCGAUGGUAUUGAAGAGGGAGGCAAAUGA